UUCUCCGGAAGGAGACGUGGCGGUGGUUGGGCCCCGAGCUGCCUAGGCGUCUAGUAGUCCCGCCGCCGCCUCCUCCUCCUCCGCCUCCUCUCCUCUGUGGACAGAGGAGGCUGUGGCGGCGGCUGGAGAGCUCGGCGGCGGAGGAUGGAGGAAGGAGGCGGCGGCGCGCGGAGUCUGGUCCCGGGCGGGCCAGUGUUACUGGUCCUCUGCGGUCUCUUAGAGGCGUCCGGCGGCGGCAGAGCGCUGCCCCAGCUCAGCGAUGACAUCCCUUUCCGAGUCAACUGGCCCGGCACCGAGUUCUCUCUGCCUACAACUGGAGUUUUAUAUAAAGAAGAUAAUUAUGUCAUCAUGACAACUACACAUAAAGAAAAAUAUAAAUGUAUUCUUCCCCUUGUGACAAGUGGGGAUGAGGAAGAAGAAAAGGAUUAUAAAGGCCCUAAUCCAAGAGAGCUAUUGGAGCCACUAUUUAAACAAAGCAGUUGUUCCUACAGAAUUGAGUCUUAUUGGACUUACGAAGUGUGUCACGGAAAACACAUUCGUCAAUACCAUGAAGAGAAAGAAAGUGGUCAGAAAGUAAAUAUUCACGAGUACUAUCUUGGAAAUAUGUUGGCUAAGAACCUUCUAUCUGAAAAAGAACAAGAGGCAGAAGAAAAGGAAAAAUCAAAAGAGAUUCCCACUAAAAAUAUCGAAGGUCAGAUGACACCCUACUAUCCGGUGGGAAUGGGAAAUGGUACACCUUGUAGUUUGAAACAGAACCGGCCCAGAUCAAGUACUGUGAUGUACAUAUGUCAUCCUGAAUCUAAGCAUGAAAUUCUUUCAGUAGCUGAAGUUACAACUUGUGAAUAUGAAGUUGUCAUUUUGACACCACUCUUGUGCAGUCAUCCCAAAUAUAGAUUCAGAGCCUCUCCUGUGAAUGACAUAUUUUGCCAAUCACUGCCAGGAUCACCUUUUAAACCUCUCACCCUGAGACAGUUGGAACAGCAGGAAGAAAUACUAAGAGUGCCUUUUAGGAGAAAUAAAGAGGAAGAUCUGCAGUCAACUAAAGAAGAAAGAUUUCCAGCAAUCCACAAACCCAUUGCUGUUGGUUCUCAGCCAUUGCUUACUGUUGGAACAACCCACAUAUCCAAACUGACAGAUGACCAACUCAUAAAGGAGUUCCUUAGCGGUUCUUACUGUUUUCACGGGGGUGUUGGUUGGUGGAAAUAUGAAUUCUGCUACGGCAAACAUGUACAUCAAUACCAUGAGGAUAAGGAUAGUGGGAAAACCUCUGUGGUUGUGGGGACAUGGAGCCAAGAAGAGCAUAUUGAAUGGGCUAAGAAGAAUACUGCUAGAGCCUAUCACCUUCAAGACGAUGGUACCCAGACAGUCAGGAUGGUGUCACAUUUUUAUGGUAAUGGAGAUAUUUGUGAUAUAACUGACAAGCCAAGACAGGUGACUGUAAAACUAAAGUGUAAAGAAUCAGAUUCCCCUCAUGCUGUUACUGUAUAUAUGCUAGAGCCUCACUCCUGUCAGUAUAUCCUUGGGGUUGAAUCACCAGUGAUCUGUAAAAUCUUAGAUACAGCAGAUGAAAAUGGACUUCUUUCUCUCCCCAACUAAAGGAAAUAAAGUUCAGGGAAAGAAAAGAUAAUUGAAAAGUCAUGAUGGUUUCUGUCUGACCAUGUGUCUCGUUAUAGAGUUCUCUGCCACUGGAUCUCAUCUAAAGGAUCAUAUAAAAAGACUUUCAACCACUUUGUGAAUAUAUAUGUGUAUAUAAGAGGUUAUUGAUAAACUUCUAAGGCAGAUGGUUGUCUCACUUUUUAUUUUUAUUUUAUCUUAUGAACUGAUUGUGUUUUCUUUGCUUGGAUAAUGUGAUUCCAAAAUAAAUCUCAUCCAAGCAACUUAGAGUCCAGCCUAAUGAAAUGUCGUAACUGCUAUACCUGUUGAAAGCUUUUAAAUAGAGUUCUUAUGUAAAUUUUAGUUUAUAUAACUAGUUAAUGACAUAAAGAUUAUUAAGAAAGUGAUAGAUUGUUUAAAUAGGAGACCAUGUAAAAUAUGUAAAUUCUAGUUCCUGAAAUCCUUCCAACAAAUUUUAUUUAGCAACUGCUCUCUACCAGAUAUUAAACUAGAAAUGGGGUACAUAGUAGUGCCUCACAUACAAGUUUUCUUGACCUCUGUUAAUCUCAUGAAACUCUUAUUUGUAAUAGGUUGCUUCUCUCUCAGAAAUUUUAUCUAUUUCUUUUUCCUUCAUAUGAAUGUGUUUUGCCCCAAACAAACAACGUUCCUGGUGUAGACAGUCAGUGACUCUCUUCAUUCAUGCCUUAGAAUGGUUUAUUCUAACAAAACACACUGUGCUGGCCAUUCUUGGCACUUGCCUAUGUAUACUACAGAUUUUAGUUCUGGACAGUUUUACAGUGCAGUAUUUAUUUUAAAGUGAAUAAAAUAUCCACAAGCAAUGUUA